AUGGCGCGCCUGAACGAGCCGCCUAUUGCGCCUGCGCCUGCGCCGUCGGCGGAGACUAUCGAUGCUGUCAAACGGAGGUUUCUGAGACAGAAUCGCGAGCUUGCGAAGACAAACUCGCAACAAUCGAUCCGCAUCCGCAGCCUCGAGAACGACGCAUCCCGCCUCCUCUCUGAGAAUCUUUCUCUGCGCGAACAAGUCCUGCAGUUGCAAAAUGCGCUCAAAGAGCAGUCCCAUCGUCCCUCGUUCGAGAAUAUCGACUCCGUCAAAGACCGGCUGGAAGCUAAGAUACAGGAGCUCGGGGGAUUAGUCGCAGAGCUGGGUCAACUGAAGAAGCAAGACAUCCUACCGCGAUGCAAGAGUCAGACCGCUGCGACGAGACGAAGUCCGGAUGAGAGACAAUGGAGGAGUGGAUUGGGGCUCCAGGAAGUAGAGAACGCGAUGCUGCCGACCAUCGCGGAAGACAGACACUACCCGAGGCAGACCAUGAACGAGGAUGAACUGCGACAAAUGCUGGAUGACCCCGACAGUCAGUCUCCAGAUAUUGGACCGCCUCCGGUGUCGCGCUUCGGAAGUGAGGAGCCUAUCGCAUUCGAUCCUAGCCCGUCCCCUGAAGAACAGCCCGAGGAAGCUGUCGAUGAAUCUGAGCAAGCGCUUCCCAUCACUCUGGAGACUAGGAGAAAGCGGAGGGAGAGUGGGCCUAAGCUCAAUAUUCGCCGCGUUUCCCUAUUUGAAUCCCCACCUGAAGAGUCGGAAGGAGGGCCUACGAAGACCGUACGAGCCGGAGCCAAGCGGAAGUUCAGCGUGCAGGAGGAUGAAGAGAAGUUUCAGCCUCAAGCGGAACCUUUCCGGUUUAGCCGUAGGAAUACACCUGCUGUAUCUGACGAUGCAAGUGCAAAGGAAGAAUCGCGACCACAAUCGCCUGCGCGGCCGGUCCUUGGAAGCAAACCUGUCAACACCGACUUGGUCAUUUCUCCAAAGAAGCAGCGCUCUUCGGCGCAGGACAAACCGGAGAAGAAGCCCUUACCAAAAACUGGCCGUGGCCGUCUGACCAUAACUCGGAACGUGCAGCCGGAGCUUCCGCCGCUGGAGAUGCCUGAGCCGAUCCCGGUGGCUGAAAUAAACCUCGAUUCUCUUCCACCUAAGACUCCCGCCGCAGAAGACAUUUUCUCCCCUCCCUCAACGGAGCCUUCAACUUCGCGACCGGAGUCCAAGGAUACGCCACCGCCCGGAGAUCUCAGUUCGAUGGAUCAAACAGGUUUAGCAGGCCGCCCGUCUCGGAGAGCUCGAGCACAAGUGAGCUAUAAAGAGCCAAGCUUGGCCACGAAAAUGCGCCGUCCUGGUAAAGAACUCGUGGAUGCAGUACUUCCUGACUCGCAACGAAGGAGUGUGGGACCUCAACCUCCUCCAUCUGUAUCGGCAGAAGUGUAUAUCAAGCAAGAGUCAGACUCCUCCUGGAAGCCUGUGGGCGCGAUAGGUGGCCGAGGAGGCGAAGAGGAUGGAGAGAUGGGGAGUCCGCUCAGGCAGAAACUGGACCGCAGAGAAGGUAACCAGGACGCAAUAGGAGGUCCUGCGCCUGAACCACCUAAAUUGAACUCGGCAGCGGCAUCCAAUGCGAUCUCAGCCAUGAUCAAUGAGACGAGCGCUGCGAAACGGAAAGUGGCUGCGUCCUCUAACGGUUCCUCAACAAGAGUCGCAUGGGACCUACCUGAUUCGAAGUCGGAGUCUAAACCUACGGCUUCCAGAGCCCCUGUCGUCAAGCAAGAACAGGAGGAAGACCUUGCCAUUUUCGACUUCAACGCAUCCUCACCGGUAGAAUCUACAACAUCACGGCCACGUAUCGAUCUUGCAAAAGCCGCACGCAACGCGCGCCGUCACUCGUCCGUCCCUGCUUCCGCGGUGACCGAGGAGAGGAGAUCGGAGGCAACCGCCAGACCAGAUGGAGCACUGCCGUCGGUGCAUAAGCGGACGGGAAGCGGUGGUAUCAAGAGCUCAAGCACGACAAGCCUCGGCAAAAGCACGGCUAUGGCAAGAGCUUCUGCGAAGGAGAGAAAGGCGAGUGCAUUGCCUGCGAGCGGGAGCGGUCUUGAUCUGAGGGCCAAGGUUAACGGCGAUAUCUCCGGGACUGGCAGUCUCCGAGCAGAAAGAGCGGCGAGUAGGCGGAAAAGCAUGAUGCUAUGA